AUGGCGGGGUGGCACCAGGCCCUCCUCUUCCUCCUCGUCCUCCUCCUCCUCUCUAGCUCGUCCUGGAGCCAGGACCCCGUGCAGGCGUUCUCCACGGACGCCACGAUCAACAACGUGCUGCAGGACCCCCAGACGGGCCGGGUGUACGUGGGGGCCGUGAACGCCAUCUUCCAGCUGGACCCCGCCCUGCGGCUGGAGCACCGCACGGAGACGGGCCCGCGGCGGGACAGCCGGUUCUGCACCCCCCCCAUCCCGCCGUCCUGCAAGGACGCCAAGCUGACCGACAACGUCAGCAAGCUGCUGCUGCUGCACCCCGCCAACGGCUCGCUGGUGGCCUGCGGCAGCCUCUUCAAGGGCCUGUGCGCCCUGCUCAACCUGAGCAACGUGGAGGAGCGCGUGUACUACAGCGACUCCAAGGGCGAGAAGACCUACGUGGCCAGCAUCGAGGCGGCCGUGUCGGUGGUGGGCGUGAUGUCCACGCUGGGCGGCGAGCCCGUGUUCCUGGUGGGGAAGGGCUACGGCAGCCAGGACAGCGCCAAGCUCAUCAGCACGCGCAUCCUGCAGGACGUCCGCGACUGGGUGGUGUUCGAGAACGUGGUGGAGGCGUCCACCGUGCAGGCCAACCCCUUCGUGCUCAGGUACAUGCACGACUUCCGGCACGCCUUCAAGGACGCCGGCUUCGCGUACUUCCUGUUCUCGCGCACGCGCGGAGCGCCCGACAGCCGGAACUUCACCUUCGUGGCGCGGCUGUGCGAGAACGACCCGCACUACUUCUCCUACACCGAGCUGCAGCUGAGCUGCGGCCCCGGCAACGCCUACAACAAGGUGCGCGCGGCGCACGUGACCGCGCCCGGCGCGGAGCUGGCCCGUCACAUGACCGCCUCGGGGCGCCACGGCAACGUGAGCGCGCAGGACCAGGUUCUGUUCGCCACGUUCCGCACGGACGAGGACCCGGGCGGCUCCGCGCUCUGCAUGUUCCCGCUGAAGAGCAUCACCGCCCGGCUGCUGCAGGUCAUCGGCGCCUGCUACACCAGCGAGGGCAAGAUCAACGGGGUGACGGCCGUCUCUGCCCCCUACUCCCCCAUCUCCCACUUCUGCGCUGUGCUCGGGGGGGAGAACCUGGUGACGGCGUACCGGUGUGGGGCGGACUUCCUGACCUCCCCUCUGGCGAGCACGCAGGAGUUCGCCCUGGCAGGAGAGGUGCUGUAUGAGAAGAAGGGGAAGGGGGCGCUGACCGCAGUGGCCGUUUCCGUGGAGAACAACCACACCAUCGCGUUCCUGGGGACCAGCUCCGGGGAGGUGUGCAAGGUGCACCUGUCCGCAACCCCAAAGCUGUACCACCGGGGGUCCGUGGACAGGUCGGGACACGCGGUCAACAAGAACCUGUUCUUCGACCAGAGCCGGACCCAUCUGUACAUGGCCACUGAGAAACGGAUCUCCAAGGUGCCGGUCCAGGCCUGCCACCUGAAGAAGGACUGCCAGUCCUGCAUAGCCCAGGAGGACCCCUACUGCGGCUGGUGUGUGCUGGAGGGCAGGUGCAGCAGGAAGGUGGAUUGUGGGAGAGCGGAGGAGGGGAGCGGCUGGCUCUGGAGCCCCGAGCAGGAGUGUGUGAAGAUCCUGUCCUUCCAGCCGCCCAGUCUCAGCUGCAAGAAGUUCCAGAAUGUCCGGGUCAGGAUUCCCGCGCUGCCCAGCAUCCGGCCCUCCGACCGGCUGCAGUGCGCGUUGGGCCGGUCCGUGUACGAGGCGGCCAUGGAGGACUCGCAGGUCACCUGCUAUCUCCCCGACCAGAUCCGCAUCCCGCCAACUCCUGACCGGCAAGAUUUCGUGGCUGUGCUGGUGAAAAUCCUGGUGAACCAGAAGGUGGAGGUCGCCGCGGAAGAUUUCAAAUUCUACAACUGCAGCGCGGCCGUGAGGAGGGUGGAGAACGCCCCGUGUUUCUCCUGCGUGACCAGCGACUGGGACUGCCAGUGGAACAGCCUCGAGCACACCUGCAGUGACACUGAUGCCUCUGUAGGGGGCGCUCACAUCAUCAAACACCAGCAGGAAAUGAGUUGCCCGCGGUUCGAGAAGCAGUAUCCGAACCUCAUCCCCGUCGGAUUCAAAACCCCCAUUCAGUUCACGGGCGUGAAUCUGGACGUGUACCAGGGCCGGGACUUUAAGAUGGGCACUGCGCUGAUGAAGCAGGCGGAGGAGGUGGUCACGCCCGAGGGAGGCUCUCACUUCAUCUUCCAGGGAUACGAGUUUUCCUACAGUGAAGCUCCGACCGUAGACAUCCUGUUCCAUGUGAAGGACGUGGCGCUGGAUAAGAAGAUCGACAGCACUCUUAACGUGACCCUGUACAACUGCUCCGUCGGGCGGGAGGACUGCAGUCUGUGCAAGAACGCCGAGCCGCAGUACCUGUGUGUGUGGUGCACCCGGAAACAUUCCUGCAUCUACAGCGAGCUCUGCCAGGGCAACGAGAGGCAAGACUGCCCCAGCCCCAAGAUCACAGAGAUCCACCCCCAGUUCGGGCCUCUGAAGGGGGGCAUUUCCGUCACCAUCCGGGGGUCUAACCUGGGCAUCCGGAAGGAGGACAUCACCAGCAUCAACGUGGCCGGGGUCACCUGCAUCCACCAGCAGGACAGAUACUCUGUAUCCACCAGCGUGGUGUGUGAGAUCGGCCCCGUCGACCCCCUGGAGCCCCACGCGGGGGAGGUGGAGGUGGAGGUGGAGGGGGGGAAGAGAGGGAGAUCCACCUUCCUCUUCACUUACCGGGACCCCUCCCCCAUGGCAGUGGAGCCGCUGAGGGGGCCCCGGGCGGGGGGGACGCUGCUCACCAUCUCCGGCCGGGACCUGGACACCGCCACCAAGGACGACCUCAACAUCACCGUGGGGGGCGUGGCCUGCGCUGUAGAGACCUUCGGGAAACGGAUCACCUGUAAGACGGGUGAAUACAAGCCUGUGAAGGUGCCCUCCGACCCCCUGACAGUGACGGUUCGGUACGGGAGGAACGCCUCCAUGGACGUGCCCAAAGCCUUCCAGUUCUGGGAGAAUCCCAAAGUGGAGAGCCACUACCCCAAGGGCAGCUUCGUCUGUGGCGGCAGGAACAUCGUUGUGACCGGCACCGGGUUCGACCUCAUCCAGAAGGCCAUCAUGCGCGUGCGCGUCUCGGCUGAUGAUUCGUCAGACGUGCCCAGCCCCGCCCCUGAGUUUGACCAGGAAUUCUGGGAGAAGAACGACACGGUGCUGCAGUUCCUCUCCCCGACGGUGAACAGGACGUUUGAGAACCAGUCCUUCAGGACCUUCAUAUUCCUGGACAACGCCCGGGCCGAGCUCACGCCCUUCCACUACCACCCUGACCCCGUGUUCCACAACCUCACCAAGAACGUCAUCACCGAGACCAGCAUCAUCUCCGUGACGGGCAGCGGCUUCACCAAGGCGAUGACUGCGCGGGAGGCCCAGGCCUUCGUGGGGGACGUGCCCUGCCUGGUCACCGCUCUGCAGGACGACCGCCUCUACAUGGACCCCCCCUCCACCCCCCCCAAAUCCCGCUCCCGCCGCCAGAGACGUGACACCAGCUCCGAGCCCCUGGACCUCAUGAUCCAGUUUGGGAAGGGGGAGUGGGUGGUGGGCUCCGUGCGCUACGAGAGGAAGUACGAGGCCCCCCUCCUCAUCAUCAUCCCCGCCGUCAUCUUCCCGAUGCUGCUGAUCAUCGCCGUCUCCGUGUACUGCUACAGGAGGAAGAGCCAGCAGGCUGAGAGGGAGUACGAGAAGGUGAAGCACCAGCUGGAGAACCUGGAGGAGAGUGUGAGGGACCGCUGCAAGAAGGAGUUCACAGAUCUGAUGAUUGAGAUGGAGGAUCACACCAGUGACCUCAGCGAGGCGCGGAGCCCGUUCCUGGACUACAAGACGUACACGGACCGCGUCUUCUUCCUGCCCUCCAAGGACGGUGCCAACGACGUGAUGAUCACGGGGAAGCUGGAGAUCCCUGAGGCCCGGAGGGCCAUCGUCACUCAGGCCCUCAACCAGUUCUCCAACCUGCUGAACAGCAAGACCUUCCUCAUCAACUUUAUCCGGACCCUAGAGGGGCGCCCUGACUUUAACGCGCGGGCCAGGGUGUACUUCGCCUCCCUGCUGACGGUGGCGCUGCACGGGAAGCUGGAGUACUACACCGACAUCAUGAGGACCCUGCUGCUGCAGCUGAUGGAGCAGUACAUCCACAGCAAGAACCCCAAACUCAUGCUGCGCAGGUCAGAGACGGUGGUGGAGAGGAUGCUCUGUAACUGGAUGUCCAUCUGCCUGUACCAGUUCCUGAAGGACUCUGCAGGUGAGCCGCUGUACAGGCUGUUUAAGGCCAUAAAGCACCAGGUGGAGAAGGGGCCGGUGGAUGCGGUGGCUAAGAAGGCCAAGUACACGCUGAACGACACGGGGCUUCUGGGAGACGACGUGGAGUACUCCGUCCUGACCCUACAGGUGCUGGUUCACGGAGAGGGCCCGGAUGUGACGCUGGUGAAGGUGCUGAACUGUGACACUAUCUCCCAGGUGAAGGAGAAGAUCAUCGAGCAGGUGUACCGGAACCUGUCGUACUCACAGAGACCCAAGGUCGACAGCGUCACUCUCGAGUGGCGCCCGGGCUCUACGGGGCAGAUCCUGUCGGAUCUGGACCUCACGUCGCAGAAAGAGGGCAGGUGGAAACGCAUGAACACGCUGGCGCAUUACAACGUUCGAGACAAUGCCACGCUGGUCCUGUCAAAGGUUCUGCACCCACAGCAGUCCUACGACCAGAACCAGGACAGCCACGAAGAGAGGAACGCCCUGCUGGAGGAUGAUAAGGUGUUCCACCUGGUGCGCCCUGCCGAGGAGCUCGACGAGAUCAAGUCCAAACGCGGCAGCAUGAAGGAUAAGUCCAUGACCAAAGCCAUCACCGAGAUCUACCUGACCCGGCUGCUCUCUGUCAAGGGUACCCUGCAGCAGUUUGUGGAUAACUUCUUCCGGAGCGUGCUGUGUUCGGGGGCCGUGGUGCCCCCCGCGGUGAAGUACUUCUUUGACUUCCUGGACGAGCAGGCUCUGAAGCACGAGAACGUGGACGAGGAGACCAUCCACAUCUGGAAGACCAACAGCCUGCCCCUGCGCUUCUGGGUGAACAUCCUGAAGAACCCGCACUUCAUCUUCGACGUGCACGUGACUGAGGUGGUGGACGCCUCUCUCUCUGUCAUCGCCCAGACCUUCAUGGACGCCUGCACCAAGACCGAGCACAAGCUGAGUCGGGAUUCCCCCAGCAACAAGCUGCUCUAUGCAAAGGAGAUCUCCACCUACAAGAGGAUGGUGGAUGACUACUACAAGGGCAUCAGGCAGAUGGUGUCGGUCAGCGACCAGGACAUGAACACACACCUGGCUGAGGUCUCACGGUCUCACACAGACAAGCUGAACACACAGGUGGCCCUGCAUCAGCUCUACCAGUAUGCAAGCAAAUACUACGACGGGAUCAUCACCUCUCUGGACGAGGACCCGGCGGCCCAGAGCAAACAGCUGACCCUGCGGCUGCAGCAGAUCGCUGCAGCGUUGGAGAACAAGGUGACAGACCUCUAACCCCCAGAGGAGGAGGGGGGGGGGUAUCAGGAGCGCCGUGGGGGGGCGGUGUGAUCUCAGCAGGCCUGG